UUGGCUGCCCCCUCCGUCCCUUCCGACAGCUGGAUGCCUUCACGCUGCGAAGCUCUCUUGGAUCCUGUCGACGUCCGUGGGGCACGAAGCUCCCUCCAUCACAUUUGCUGACCAUGAUCCCGAAGACCAUGAUCUCCAACGAAGUCUACCUUCUGCCACUGAACGAUGAUGGCUCGCCCCAAAUCGCCGGAGAAUACAUCUACCUAGCGCCCAAGAACAACGAACCCGUUACCAUUCGCUUCGCCAUUGAGGGCACCUCCUCUAUUUGUCGCCAUGGCAGUCUUUGGGUCAACAUUCCUGACCAGGGUGCUGAGUUUCGCAGAGACAAGUUCCGGGAAUUCAAGCUCGUACCCGAUUUCAACCGCACCAUCGAAAUCUCCAUCCCCAUCUUCCAAGCUGGUGCCUACGCCUUCUACACUACCUACGCCGAGCUUCCCGAUCUCGCCGCCGAGCUGAGCUCCAAGUCUGAAACAGAAACAACGCACAAGAAGACGCCUCUUUACUACAUCGAUGUCGCCCCUCGCCUCUCUCUUGACGGCCGGCCGUUGCCGCUGCCUGCGCUGUCCAUUUAUUCUGUCAUCAGCAAAUUCAUGGGCAAAUACCCUACCGACUGGGAGCGUCACCUUCGUGGCAUCAGCGACCGGGGUUACAACAUGAUUCACUUCACGCCUCUGCAAGUCCGCGGCGCAUCUAAUUCACCCUACAGUCUGUACGAUCAGCUGGGCUGGGACCCUGAUUGUUUCCCUGGCGGCGAAAAGGACGUACAGGGCAUGGUCGAUAGCCUCGAGAAGAACCACUCUCUGCUCAGUCUGACCGACAUUGUCCUGAAUCACACGGCGCAUAAUAGCAAGUGGCUGCAAGAACACCCCGACUCGGGCUACAACUUGGUGACCGCGCCUUGGCUCGAGUCUGCGUGGCUGCUCGACACAAAGCUUCUGGAGCUCAGCGCAAAUCUCGAGAAAUUUGGCUUGCCCACCGAGCUUAAGAGCAAUGACGACCUUGUUAAGGUCAUGGAUGCGAUCAAGAAGCAAGUCAUUGCCGAGAUCCGCCUCUGGGAAUACUACGCCAUUGACGUGGAGCGCGACGUUGACGCCGCUGUCGAUGCGUGGGUUGCCGGCAAGGUGGAGUUCCCCGAGAGUUCGGUGGGUGCGGACGGUGUACUGGGUCUUAAGGAGGCACCACAGAAAGAACAGGCCCAGUUCCUCAUCAAAAACGGUCUGCUGAACAAGAGCCGCCUAGGCGAGCGGUUCAGGAGGAGGGUGAAACCAGAGGUCGCCGCUGGUCUUCUGUCGGCCAUCUUUGGCCGCUAUGAAGGCAAUUCUGGUCCGACGCCGGACCAGGCGGCUGCCAAGUCCAAGAUUCUCGCUGUCCUCGACGAGGUCAAUCUGCCCUUCUACAAGGAGUACGACGACGAGGUUGCUGUGAUUCUGGACCAGCUUUUCAAUCGCAUCAAAUACUGUCGCCUGGACGAGCACGGUCCAAAAAUGGGGCCCAUCAAUGAGAAGAACCCUCUCAUCGAGUCGUACUUUACGCGACUGCCCGAAAAUGCCACCACAUCCAAACACAAGAAGGAAGAGCUGUCCCUUGCCAACAAUGGCUGGGUCUGGGCCGGCAAUGCCCUCAUAGACAAUGCUGGGCCUGACUCCCGAGUGUACCUCAGGCGCGAGGUCAUUGUCUGGGGCGACUGCGUCAAGCUUCGUUAUGGCAGCGGACCCAAAGACAGCCCUUUCCUCUGGGAUUACAUGACCAAGUACGCUCGCAUGCUUGCCAAGUACUUUGCCGGUUUUCGCAUAGACAACUGCCACUCCACUCCCCUGCACGUCGCUGAGCAUAUACUCGAUGAGGCGCGUCGCGUGCGACCAGACCUUUACGUUGUGGCUGAGCUCUUCAGCGGUUCUGAAGAGAUGGACUACGUCUUUGUCAAGAGGCUCGGUCUCAGCUCCCUAAUCCGUGAGGCCAUGCAGGCGUGGAGCACGGGAGAGCUCAGCAGACUGGUACACAGACAUGGAGGACGCCCUAUUGGCAGCUUUGAAGUGGACGAGUUGUCGAGGGCCGACCCCAAGUCGCCUGCCAGCCCCCCGAGAUCUCCCGGCGAACCCACCAAAGAUCACUCACAGUCUUCCCGCGAGAUUGUCCGCAAGAUCAAACCCGUGCCUGUUCACGCCCUCUUCAUGGACUGCACCCACGACAACGAGACUCCGGCCCAGAAGCGCGAUGCACGAGACACGCUGCCCAAUGCAGCCCUGGUCAACAUGUGUGCUAGUGCCACCGGAAGUGUAAUGGGUUACGACGAGAUCUACCCGAAGCUCGUGGAUCUUGUGAACGAGACGAGGCUCUACACGUCCGAAUCAUCUUCCAAGGGUGUCAAAGUGGGCGGCGGUAAGAACGGAAUUGGUGGCAUCAAGAAACUCCUUAAUCAGAUUCACACCCUCAUGGGCAAAGAUGGCUAUGACGAAACUCACAUCCAUCACGAAGACCAGUACAUCACUGUUCACAGGGUUCAUCCCGAGUCGAGGAAGGGCUAUUUCCUCAUCGCACACACAGCGUUCCCCGGUUACGGCAACGGAAACGGUGCGUUCAACGCUGUCCAUCUGGGCGGCACGCGGGCUCGCCACCUCGGAAGCUGGAUGCUCGAGGUGGAUACUAGCGAGGAGGCAACAAAAGAAGUCCUCGAAGACAAGAAGCACCUCAGAGGCCUACCUAGCCGCGUCAUUGAUGUGCCUGGUAUUCGCAUGGAAGUCAAGGGCGAUGAGACGGUCAUCUCAGUCCGCGAUAAGUUCCCUCCCGGAAGCAUCGCGCUUUUUGAGACUUGGAUUCCCGCUGCCGAACACUCUGCUGGUCUUGACAAUUACGUCACGUCUGGUGCCAAGAAGGCAUUUGCUGACCUAAGCCUCAUCGAUCUCAAUUUUCUCCUCUACAAAUGUGAGGCUGAGGAGAGGGAUGGCAGCGAUGGAGCUGAUGGCUGCUACGACAUUCCUGGCCACGGCAAGCUGGUAUAUGCCGGCCUCCAGGGCUGGUGGAGUCUUCUGAAAGAUAUCAUUCCCGAGAACAACCUCGCUCAUCCCCUGUGUCAGCAUCUCCGAGAUGGCCAGUGGGCCCUUGACUACAUCGUCGGCCGACUGGAGCGCGCGGCCAAGAAGCCUGGGCAGGAGGCCCUCAAGAAGCCCGCCGACUGGUUUAAAGAGCGAUUUGAUGCCCUGCGACAGAUCCCAAGCUUCCUCCUUCCGCGGUACUUCGGCCUUCUCCUCAGGACCUCCUACAUGGCAGCUUGCGAGCGCGGCAUUGAGCUCAUGAGCGCCAACGUGGGUCAAGGCCAGUGGUUCCUGCAAAGCCUUGCCAUGGUUGGCGUACAGCAGACAGGCCUUGUUAAGUCUGGAUCUCUAUAUCCCAAGAAGUUGGUGCCUUCUCUCGCGGCAGGCCUUCCCCACUUUGCCGUCGAAUGGGCACGAUGCUGGGGUCGCGACGUCUUCAUCUCGCUCCGUGGUCUGUACCUCGGCACCGGUCGCUUCGAGGAGGCAAAGGAGCACAUUGUGGCCUUCGCCAGCGUCUUGAAGCACGGUCAGAUCCCCAACCUCCUCAGCAGUGGCAAUGCGCCCCGGUAUAACUCACGCGACUCCAUCUGGUUCUUCCUGCAGUGCAUUCAGGACUAUGUCAAGUAUGCGCCAGAAGGUGUUGACUUCCUCAAGACCAGUGUCAAGCGCCGCUUUCUCCCGUACGAUGACACUUGGUUCGAUACAGAAGACUCGCGAGCGUACUCACAGGAGAGCACCAUUGAGGAUGUUAUUCAGGAAGCAUUGCAGAGGCAUGCUACGGGCAUGGCUUACCGCGAGGCCAAUGCUGGCCCAGGCAUCGACAGCCAGAUGAAAGAUGAAGGCUUCAACAUCGCCAUCGAGGUUGACUGGGAAAACGGCAUGGUCUUUGGCGGUAACCAGAACAACUGCGGUACGUGGAUGGACAAGAUGGGCGAGAGCGCCCGCGCGGGCUCCAAGGGCGUGCCUGGCACACCUCGUGACGGCGCCGCUGUGGAGAUCACUGGUCUUCUGUACAGCACGCUCGCAUGGCUGGCUAAGCUCAGCAGCGAGGGGAAGUAUCAGUACUCGUCCGUCAAGAAGGCCGACUCUUCUUCCAUCAGCUUUGCCGAUUGGGCGGACAUUUUACAGGCGAACUUUGAACGGUGCUACUUUGUGCCUCUCUCCUCCGAUGAGGACGCGAAGUACGAUGUGAACCCGGCAGUCGUCAACCGCCGAGGCAUGUACAAGGAUCUGUACCGUUCCGGCAAGGAAUACGAGGACUACCAGCUGCGACCCAACUUUCCCAUUGCCAUGACAGUAGCUCCUCAGCUCUUUGACCCCUCUCACGCCAUGCAGGCUCUCAACCUCGCCGACACGGUCCUUCGCGGUCCCACAGGCAUGGCCACGCUUGACCCUGCCGACCUCAACUACAGGCCAUACUACGUCAACAGCGAGGAUAGCGAGGACUUUGCGACAUCCAAGGGCCGCAACUACCACCAGGGUCCCGAAUGGUUGUGGCCAACGGGCUUCUUCCUGCGUGCGCUACUGAAGUUCGAUCUCAAGAGGCGUGACACCGACGCUGGCAGGACCGAGGCCUACCAACAAGUGACGAGGAGGCUUAUGGGUUGCAAGAAAAUGAUUCAGGAGAGCCCGUGGGCCGGCUUGCAGGAGCUGACGCAGAAGAAUGGAGGGUACUGUGGUGAUUCGUCGCCGACUCAGGCCUGGUCGGCCGGAUGUUUGAUCGACCUGUACAUGGAUGCUGCAGAGGAGCAAGGUGGUGUCGCGGGGAACCUCACUCUGCCCACGAGGUCCAGGUAG